AUGGCCGAUAGAAACGCUAGAAAUUAUGCUCAACUGAGGAAUUUAGUCCGAGUGACUACGAAUUUAGCUAGAAGAGGUCCUUCGAAGAAGAAGUCUGUUGAUUGGUUUAAGAGGGUUAGUGAUAGUAAACCGCCUUCUUAUGAUGGGAAGGGCGAUCCUGUUAAGCUUGAGAACUGGGUUAGGGAUUUUGAGAAGCUAUUCGAUGCUAUCCAAUGUCCAGAUAAUAGGAAAGUAGCUAUAGCUGCAUAUUACCUUAAGGAGGAAGCUGACUUUUGGUGGUCGCAGCAUAAGGAGACGUUAAUGGCAAGGCCUGACUUUGAUUGGAAGGCUUUCGGAGUAGCUAUGAAGGAGAAAUUUUAUCCCAAUUUCUUGAGGAGGCAAAAGGCCACUGAGUUUGAUGAGUUGAAGCAAGGUGACAUGACUGUGGAGCAGUACUAUGAGAAGUUUGUAGGAUUGAUGAAGACCUUAGAGGAAGUGUAUGAUAGAGCUGCUCAUUUAGGUUCCUAUUUGAAACAAGCUGGAGUUGAGAGCUCAAACAACAAGAGGAAGGAAAAUCCUAGUCAGAAUUUCCAGAGGAACGACAAAAAGUUCAAGCCUCAAAAUAACUUUCACCAAGGAGGACAAUCUAAUGGCCAAAGGAAUGGAGGCCAGUUUCAACCACAAAAAGGUGGAAAUGGUUCUAAUAAGGGAAAGAAAGGAGACGAACGCGUGUAUUUCUGCAAGAGGUGCCCCUACAAUCAUCCUGGAAAGGAUUGUGAAGGAAAGCUGGUGGAGUGUAACUACUGCCACAAAUUGGGUCACCGAGAGUAUGAGUGCUUCUCCAAGAACCCUGAGUUGAAGACUGACAAGGGAAAGAGCGGAAACCAAUUUGGUCAGGGUAAUCGAAACCAGUCAGGAGGCAACAACUAUCAAGGUGGGAACAGGCAAAAUGGGAACAACAAGACCGUUUGA